CUGAAUCAUCCAGUAGUUCUGAUUUAUCGGACGACAACUUCACAGACGAAGAAGAUUGUACAAUGGAGGAACUACAAAGGAAGCAACAACACCCUGACCGAUUACAUCCAGAAAUGUGGUUUAAUGAACCUGGUGAGAUGAAUGACGGUCCGUUGUGUAGAUGCUCGUGGAAAUGCAAAAAAUCUGGUAUCCGUCAUGGAAUAUACCCGGGAGAAAAACAUCUACAACAGUGUAACAAGCUGACAAAUAAUGCAGAUAGAUUAUUUCAUUACCGAAUAACUAUAUCACCGCCAACCAACUUCUUAAUCAAAACUCCAACAAUUAUACAACAUGAUGAGCAUGAGUUCAUUUUUGAAGGUUUUUCCAUGUUUUCACACUUUCCUUUGGAGAAAUUACCUAAUUGCAAAGUUAUUCGGUUCAACAUUGAAUAUACUAUUCUCUAUAUUGAAGAAAAGUUACCUGAAAAUUUCACCGUUUGGGAGUUGAAUUUAUUUAAUGACUUUGUUUUUCAAGAACUCUUAGAACUGGCAGAUUUCGAUUUGAAAGCAGCAGGUGAUGAACAUGGGUGUCCUCAGUUCCAUUUUAUGCCAAGAUUUGUGAGGGAACUCCCUGAGAAUGGUAAAGAAAUUCUCUGUAUGAAGGAGGUUCUUCAAUAUUUGAUGGACAGCUCUAAGCCAUUAAUAGUUGAAUCUGAACUAGAGAAUAUGAUGGAAAUGAGUCAGUACGAAUGGCAAAGCUAUGCAGACGAAGUGAAGGGUAUGGUUGUUACUUACCCUGGCAAAAAACCUUGCUCUGUCAGAGUAGAUCAGUUAGACCGAAAUAAAGAUCAACAAAUCGGAACAAACUACAAAUUUCCAGAAAUUGUUCACUUUGGCAUUCGGCCACCACAGUUAAGCUACGCUGGCAAUCCUGAAUACCAGAAAGCUUGGAGAGACUAUGUGAAAUUCAGGCAUUUACUAGCCAAUAUGUCUAAACCAACAUAUGAGGAUAAAAGAAAAUUAGAGGCAAAAGAAAAUAAAUUACUAGAAAUGCGAACACAAGGAAAAAUGAAGAGAGAUGUCACAGUAGCUGUCUCUUCAGAAGGAUUUUAUAAGACAGGAAUAAUGUGUGACAUUAUACAGCAUGCAAUGUUGAUCCCAGUGUUGGUUUGCCAUUUGCGUUUUCAUCACUCCCUCAAUGUAUUAGAAGAAUCAAUAUGUUACAAAUUCAAAAAUCGUGCUCUACUACAACUGGCACUCACUCAUCCAUCAUAUCGAGAAAAUUUCGGAACGAAUCCAGAUCAUGCCAGAAAUAGUUUAACCAACUGCGGCAUACGUCAACCAGAAUAUGGCGACAGAAGGAUCCACUAUAUGAAUACCAGAAAAAGAGGAAUCAAUACACUGAUAAACAUAAUGUCCAGAUUUGGGAAACAACAUGAAACUGAAUCUAAUAUAACUCACAAUGAACGUUUGGAAUUCCUUGGAGAUGCUGUCGUCGAGUUUCUUACUUCUAUUCACUUAUUUUAUUCAUUUCCUGAUUUGGAAGAGGGAGGUCUUGCUACUUAUCGAGCAGCUAUAGUACAAAACCAGCAUCUUUCUGAAUUAGCGUGCGUUCUCAAAUUGGAUCAGUUCAUGCUUUAUGCUCACGGUUCUGAUCUAUGUCAUGACCUCGAAUUAAAACAUGCAAUGGCAAACUGUUUUGAAGCAUUGAUGGGAUCUCUAUUUUUGGAUGGAGGAAUUGAGGUUGCAGAUAAAGUUUUGGCCUCAAGUUUUUUUCACAUGAAAUCAGAGCUUCAUGAAGUAUGGAUGAAUCUUCCUCCCCACCCUCUACAAGAACAAGAACCUUUAGGAGACCGUCAUUGGAUUAAAAAAUUCGAGUUGCUUCAAAAGCACAUACGACUUUUAGCUAGAGCCUUCACCGAUAGAAGUGUUGGCUACACUAACCUCACAAUGGGAUCUAAUCAGAGAUUGGAGUUUUUAGGAGAUACUGUAUUACAGCUUAUUGCUUCUGAGUAUUUGUACAAGUAUUUUCCGGAACAUCAUGAAGGACAUUUAUCGCUCCUGAGAAGUUCACUUGUAAAUAACAGAACUCAAGCUGUUGUGUGUGAUGAUCUGAAUAUGGCCCAGUAUGCUGUAUAUAACAACCCAAAGGCUGAAUUGAAGACAAAGGAUAAAGCAGAUUUAUUAGAGGCAUUCAUUGGAGCUCUCUAUGUUGAUCGGGGUAUACAAUACUGCGAAGUAUUUUGUCAUGUAACGCUCUUUCCGAGAUUACAAGAUUUCAUUAUGAAUCAGGAUUGGAAUGAUCCAAAAUCAAAGCUUCAACAAUGUUGCUUGACACUUCGUACAAUGGAUGGUGGCGAACCAGACAUACCCAUAUACAAAGUUAUUGAAUGUAAAGGUCCAACAAAUACAAGGCUCUACACAGUAGCAGUUUAUUUUAGAGGAAGGAGAUUAGCUAGUGCAGUUGGACACAGUAUUCAACAGGCAGAAAUGAAUGCAGCGAAGAAUGCUCUUGAAAUAUCACAUCAUCUUUUUCCCCAACUGGAUCAUCAGAAGCGAGUUAUAGCAAAAAGCAUGAAACGACAAAAACGACGUAGGAGUUCAUCUAGGUCCAGAACGAAUCUCUCUGUUCCCAAAUCUCCAGAAAGUUACUCCAGAAAAAGAUUCAUAUCCAAUUCAAGAUGUUCCAAAGAUGAUACGUUAGGAAAAUCAAGAAGUAGAUCUUCAUCAAAGAGUAGAUGCAGUUCAAGAAGGAGUGUAGAAUCAAGGAAUGGAUUGAAGUAUCAAACCAAUGAUGUGAAUUGAAUGUCAAUAUGAUUACAAUCAUUAUUUUUAAUGCUGUAUUUUAAUAAUGUGAUUUAGUUUACGUAUAUGGAGAAGUAUAAGUUUAUUAUCCUUUAUUUAAACAAACUUUAACUUUAUUUUCACAAGCAUGGAAAAAACAUGUUGAUUUACAAUACUAUUAU